GCGGAAGUUCCGGGAGGCAACGCUGGGACCCAAGGACCGGCCGUUUGCCUACGCACACCAACUGAAGGACGCUGCCACCAGAUGGCUACAGCCCGGGAACUCCGGAGGGGCGCAGGCGGCGGUGGAGAAGGUCGUCAGGGAGCAGUUCGUGGAGGGGCUGCCGACCGGAACAGGAGAGUGGGUCCGCUGUCACGGCCCCACGUCGCUGGAGGCCGCCAUUGCACUGGCGGAGGAUCACCUGGCGGUGCACCCCGGCGGGCAGGUGGACAGCGACAGCUCACUGGCUCCGGCCAGGCCUACGCGGCCACUGACGCGACCCAUACAGGCCCCAGCAAACACCGGCACCCUUUCCAACCCACAGGUAGUCCCUCAAACACCAGGGCAGGAGUGUUGGAGGUGCAGGCGGCCCGGACACAUCCGGCGGGAGUGUCCGCUGAUGGAGGUGGGCCAGGUGAUCCGGGUUGCCGGCUCUCCAACGCCCUCCCCAGGUCCGGGAGCGACGUACCGCGUACCGGUGGCGUUGCAGCUUCCUCCGCCAGCACCAGCCUGUGGGGUAAGAAGCUGUUGUUCUGGGGUCGCCCAUGUAUCUGGCAGCUACAACCAGAAGUUGUGGUCCCAGCCCUCCAGGAGCUGAGUGCAUGCAUGCUGUUACGUCACACCCAUGCGUUGGAUUGGACAGGUUUUGACUAUAAAGCACCAGGGAAAGCACACAUAGAGCUGGGACUGGGGGGCACAGGGACACACUUGUCCGUUUGGCUGUUUGGAGAAAUGCACAGCGUGAAACGAGAUUUGAAAUUGCUUGAAUGGUACACUGUGUGUGUCACGUGGUCUGGCCGAGCCCACAUGCUGCGGAUCUACAUCAAUGGAACCAGUAAGUAUGAGACCUCUGUGAAACCUAUCCUACCCCAGCAACUGGCCUCACAUGGCACCCUCACUCUGGGGGUGUCUCAUUAUACAAUCAACAAUGGGGAGGUGCAGCCGCAGACUGGGAAGGACCUGCUCGGGGAGAUCGGUCUGUUCAGGAUGUGGGCCAGAGAAUGGAGCGCUGAGGAGCUGAAGAGGCAGAGCUGUGCGGAGGGAGACGUGUUGAGGUGGGACUUGCGUCAGUGGAAACACAACUGUCGCCUCGAGCCGGACAACAACCUACAUUGUGCAUGGUCACUUUACAAAAUCAACAUGUGGACGUUCGUGACUCACUCUAAGCAGUCUGGAAAUUGUUCCCUGUCAUGGGAAGACCUCACAAGAAACUGGUUGCAGAGCAUAUUCCCUCACAACAUCUCAGUCCAUAACGUCCUCUUGUCAUCCUCAAGCCGUAGCUGCCAUGUGGUUAAUAAGUCUGCUGCUCUACCUCCACAACUAUCUCAGGGAUCAAGGGCACUGUCAAACUCCACCUGUAACGAGUGUUUUAGCUGUGAAGUCUACGUGAACGUGGAUCCGGCUGCUGAUGUGGAAGUGGUUCAGGCUCACAUUGCCUCGUUGCUGAGUUCGACCUUCUCUUCCCACUUCCUCACCAUGAGAGCCGACCCUCACAGCAUCAGCGUCGUCCCUGUGGAGUUACUCCCUGCCUUGACGGCAACAACUGUCAGCUCUGGUGUAUCAACACCAGCUCCAACUCAAAGUCUGCCAGCUCGACCCGCGAACAUGUCGACGACAGGAGACCCUCUAGAUCUCAACGAGACUGUCGUGGGACCAGACACAUUCUUCAGAGUAGAUUUGAGUUUAGGAAUGUAUGGCAGCCAGACAAAAUCAGAGGAGAUUAUUGAGAAAUGGGUGAAGGAGCAGCUGGACAAUGGCACCAUGAUUGUGUUGAAUCUCAUCAUCGAGAAGAUCGUUGGCAGGAACAUGGGGCAGCACAAUGGACUGAUGAUGUUCCACGGCCAACAGAAACAAUAUUACUGCGCCUUCCAUGUUCAAGAAUUCAACAAAAACACUGUGGCAGACAUCUUCACUCAUAUUAAUGCUGCCUUGAAACCAGGGUUUAGAAACGGCACCAUUAUUAUUGAAACACUGAAUAUGUCGAUCAAACAUAUAGUGCCAGCAAACUGUUUAGAAGAAACUACUUCAACAAUCUAUGGAGUGUACAUUUGGCCUGAAGCAUUUCCAACAGCCAACCAAGACAUCGGAUGCAAAAAGCCUAAAUUAGAGAGAGCCUUCCGGCUUUGUAAGUUAGACAUUGAAACUGACACCAGCAGCUGGGUUAAACCUGAUAUGAAAAAUUGCAAGCCGCUUGUGACCAUAUCAGACCUCGACAAUAUCACUGUCUCCACUGGUAACGGGGCUGAGGUCGUGGACAUGAUUCAGGACCUCGUAGAUGUCCAGUUAGGUAACAGCGCAGAGCUCUCCCCCUCCGAGCUGAACACAGUCGUGGAGAAGCUCUGUGAAGUGAUCGACAUCAGCAUCAUCAAACCUGCGGUUGGUGCCAAUAUCGUCAAUAUUAUUGCAGAUAUCCUGCUUUCCAAAACGUACAUCACUCCAGUGGCUAGCAUUAUCCUUAAUCUGACAGAAAGAAUGGCGAACAAUAUGGAUUUCCAGGAGGGGUCUAUCUGUAUAACCGCCCCCUCGAUGGCCGUGUCCAUGAUCAACGUAGAUCAAAAUGAAUUCAGUGGCCUUACCUUUGGAGUGUCCUUCACUUCUUCGAACGUGAAUCCGGAGGUGUUUGUCAACAACAGCUUUGUGAGUGAACUGCUCCCUGGCACAGAUACAACCAUCUCUUUGCCCUCUGAACUCCACAACUUGUUCCCUCCUGGAGAGAGAACAACUCGUGUCCAGUUUCAGUUCUUUGGAACAGAUGAACUUUUUCAGGACCCACGCACAACCAAUGCAACACCGAUCGGGUGGAAAAUGCAUUCCUUCGUCGUGUCUGCCAGCAUCAAUAACAGCCACAUCAGUAACUUGAAGGACGGAGUGGUGGUGACCUUCAGCCACCAAACACCCAAACAACCAAAAGACAAAGUUCUGUGUAUGUUUUGGGAUUUCCAGGAAAACGGUGGGCGGGGCGGUUGGAACAGCAGAGGCUGUGAAACCCAAAGUGUUUCUGCUUAUCGGACCAGCUGUCUGUGUGAUCACCUCACACACUUCGCGGUGCUCCUGGAUGUAUCCAGGACACCCAUCAGUGAAGCUGACAGACAGAUUCUGACAGUGAUCUCAAAUCUUGGUUGUGGUAUAUCCUCCAUCUUUCUGGGCAUCACUCUUCUGACCUACCUUUCUUUUGAGAAGCUGCGUCGAGACUACCCAUCAAAGAUACUCAUCAACCUGUCAGCUGCCCUGCUGGGGUUGAGCAUGCUCUUCCUUCUGGACUCCUGGCUCUCAUCCUUCUCCAACUACAGUCUGUGCAUUGCCACAGCUGCAACAAUGCACUACUUCCUGCUGGCUUCUUUCACCUGGAUGGGCUUGGAGGCCGUGCAUAUGUACCUCGCACUGGUCAAGGUGUUCAACAUCUACGUUCCCUCCUACAUCCUCAAGUUCUGUGCUGUAGGAUGGGGUGUCCCUCUGGUCAUAGUCAGCUUGGUGCUGGCUAUCGAUAAAGACGCCUACGGCAGCUCUCUGCCUGACGAGUCCGCAGUGAUGCUUCAGUCCAGCGACCAAUUCUGCUGGCUGCAGAAUGACGUCUUCUUCUACGUGACGGUGGUGGCAUUUGUCCUUCUGAUCUUGUUGUGCAACACCGUUGUGUUCAUCGUGGUUCUGAUCCAGAUCAGAAAGAUGAGGGCCAAUAAGCAUUCCACAAACAGACUCAACUCUUUGCACGACUUGAGGGCGGUGGCCGGUCUCACGGUCCUGUUGGGCCUGACGUGGUCAAUUGGCUUUUUUUCAUUUGGGGCAGGCAAAGUGGUCUUCAUGUACCUGUUCUCUAUCUUCAACACCUUGCAGGGGUUCUUUGUCUUUUUGUUCCACUGUUUGAUGAAGGAAAAUGUGAGGACACAGUGGAGAAUCCACCUGUGCUGCGGACGCUUGAGGCUCAACAAUGGCUCAGACUGGAGCCGCUCUAUGACAGCGGGCGGUCGCUGCAAUAAUAAUCGUCUUGUUAACUCUGACUCAGUCGCUUCUGAAAACACGUCCACCAUCAGAAAGGUCUGACUCCUCUACAGGAUCGACACCAAACCACCAGCAGGAGGCGUGAGCGGGCCUCUGUGUGUGCCGCUCAGCCCAACCCUUCAGGAUACAUCAUAUUUAAAGCAGAAAAUAGAACAGCUUCACGUCUGUUAUGGGCAAGGAACUGAUCAAAUGAACCGUACAUCCAGGGGACACUCCUGUGACACAAUUAGUCAUGAACAUUAUAAGUAAAUUAAAUGAUGUCAGUUCAAAGUCCAGUGAAGACGUGCGCUCUUAAAAACUGUCAGCAGCCCAUGUUUAAUCUACAGUUUACCUUCGAGGUUUACAUUCCUACUUUCACUGUACAGUUGAAUCACAAAACAACACAAGCAAAUAUUCAGUGUUUCUGAAACAUUUAAUAGUGAAGUAAUGCGUGAAGUAAAUGUCGCAUAGAGUUUUACAAAUUUAAAAAAAAAAAAGUUGAAUGUAAUGAAAAAGACAGUAUCUGUAACCAAUAAGUGUAUUAAUACGUAAUAAAUUAUACUCAUGAUGUUCUUUUGUCAUUUUAAGAA